AUGGCUGAUAUUGAAAAUGUUAUAGAACAAGAAACAGAAAUUAAUAAUGUUGUUGACAAAUUAAUUAAUGAACAACAACAACAAGCGAUUAUUGAACCAAUUAUUGCUGAAGAAAUACAUGAAGAAAAAAUUGAAAAAGAAAAUCUUACGAAUAUUCAUACAUUUCUUUUCGAUAUUUUAGCAUUUUUUUCUAAUUUUCAAUCAAGUUCAAUUGUUGAAUAUUGUCAAGAAACACAAAACUGGAAUUAUAUUCAACAUUUUCUUAAUGAUGAAAAUACUCAUAUUUUACCUAUAUUCUUUUGUGAUCUUCAAGAACGAUUUCGUUUUAGUAAACGAUCAAGUAUAAGUAAAUAUCUUUCAAAAUCUUCACAUAGACAAUUUAAAAAAAAAAUAACGCCUAUUUGUAUAGUUCUACCGCAGUUAAAUCAAUCAGUAAAAACUGAAGAAUCUUGUAUUGGAAUUGGAAUAGAUAAACCAUUUGAAGAUGGUGGUGUAAUUUUUCUAAAACCAAAUACAAUAAAAUUAACAGAUAAAAAUUUUAAAAAUGAAUUAGUUAUUUUUUCUAUGAAUUUUGAUCAACAAAAUCUUGAUCUAAUGAUAAAUUUAGAAACAAUUUUACUUAGUUAUUUACCAUCAAUAAAAAAAGCUAAUGAAUGGAAUAAAUUAAAUUUAUUCAAUGAUAAAACAGAUCAAAUUAAAUUAAAUUUAAUAUAUCAACUUGAACAAAAUGCAAAAUUUUUUCGAACAAUACAUAAAUCAUUUAUUGAUUGUAUUCAAUUACAAAAAGUACCUAUACGUUUACGACAUGAUACACAAGAAAUUAUUAAUCCAAAUUCACUUUUACGUUUUGUUCAAGAUACAGAAUUAGUUCAACAAGCUGAAGAAACAAUUAUUGAAUGGAUAAAAGAUAUUGAUCAUUUUUAUCGAAAGAGUACAUUAGUUCGACAAAUAUUGUCUGAUUCUGGUCCAUUAAAUGAAAUAGAGUAUUGGAGAAAACAAAUUAUACAAUUAAAUCAUCUUGUGAAUCAACUUCGUUUACCUUCUAAUCGAACUGUUAUUUAUUUACUUAAUAUUGCUGCAAAUCCACGUUCAAUUGAAUGGAGAGAAAUAGAUAAAAAAUUAACACAAUGUAUUAAUGAAGCACGUGAUCAUUAUAAAUUUUUAAUGAUUGUUGCGAAACAUAUUGGACCACUAUAUCGUAAUGAUCCGCGUGAAAUUCAAGAAAAUCUUAAUAGUCUUCUCAAUACUAUAGUUCUCAUUAAUUCAUGUUCAGAAUUUUAUUCCAAACCAGAAAAAAUUGCUAGUCUACUUGUUUCUAUAAACAAUCAAAUGGUAAUUAGUUGUAAAAAUUAUUUAACUAAUAAUCAUACAAUUGAUAUUCGAAUACUUGAUAGAAAAGAAUUAUUAAAACGUAUUGAUUAUAUUCAUAAUUUAUAUAAAACAUAUCGUGAAAUAUUUAUAAAAAUUAAACAAAAAAUUGAAAAUCAUUAUUUAAAUAACACUAAUGAUCAUCUUUCAGAACAUCAUUUAUUUGGUCAAUUUGAUUUUCUUAAUCAACGUUUGACUAGUCUUCGUGAAAUAAUUCAAUCAUUUGACAUUUAUUCUCUUCUAUCAAAAUCUCGAAUGAAUGGUCUUGAACAAAUAACUUAUAUUUAUAAUAAAAUUCAAACAGAAUUUUUAACAUUUAAAUUUAAUUUAUUUGAUUCAAAUGAUAAAAAAUUUGAUUUAUUUUAUAAUCAAUUAAAUCAUAUUCUUUCUGAUAUUGAUCAAAAACUUUAUCAAAUAUUAGAUAAAGAUCUUCAUCAUAUACUUCAUUCACCAUCACAUUAUUCUUAUAAUGCAUUAAAAUUACUUUUACGUUAUGAAAAUUUACAUAUACCAUUUUUUGAUUCAAUAGAAUUUUUAAUUGAUAUUAUUCAAUGGUAUGAAAAAGAAGAACUUGAAAAAGUAAAAAUAAUUUAUAAUCAAUGUCGAAAUAUACCAAAUAUUGAACGAGAUCAUCCACUUAUUAUUGGUCGUAUUUUAUGGGCAAGACGAAUGUAUAAACGUAUUCAAAUAUCUUAUGUUGAAUUUCUUAAACGUAAUGAAUUAAAAGAUCAUCCAAUUAUGAAAAAAAUUACAGAAAAUUUUCUUAUGAUUGUAAAUGGAUUUUCACUUUAUGAACUUUUAUAUCAUCGUCAUUGGUAUAAUACAUUAGGUGAUGUAGUUAAUCUAUUAUGUAAUCCACUUCUUAUUCGACAAAAUCUUAUUCGACAAUUAUAUAUUAAUUAUGAUCCAUUUAUUGAUGUUAUUUUACGUGAAUGUGAAUUAUUAGCACGAUAUUCAAUUACAAUACCAGAUUUAGGAUAUAAAUUAUUAUUAGAUAGAAAUAGAAUUCGAUUUUAUUAUGAAAGAUUAAAAAAAUUACUCAAAGAUUUUUCGAUUUUAUUGGCUAAAGCACAUCCAACUAGUUAUGAAUUAGUAGAAAAAGUCAUGACACAAGUUGAUAAUACUCUUUCAAUUGGUUUAAAUCGUCUUAAUUGGUUAUCAAAAAAUUUAGAUGAAUUAUUUCUUCCAGCUGAAGAAAAAAUUUCUUUAAUGUCAGAUUUUCUUAGUCAAAUAUCAUCAUUAAUAAUUCAUCGUAUAGAAGAACCAAUAAAUGAAGUAUCUCGUUUUGAAAUUCUUGAAUUUCCUGAUGAUUCAAUUGAUUUUAAACAAUUUAUUAAUGAUAUACGUCAACAAAUUAUAUUUAAAGCUGAAAAACUUAAUUCAUUAUCAAUGCAAAUUGAAUCAGCUGUUUUACAUGUUAUACAAAUGUUUUUUAAUAAAAUUGGUUAUAAAUCAAAACCAUUUGAACAAAAAAUUGGAGAUAUUGAUUUAAUGCAACUUUCAUCAAUGCAAAGAUUAGCAAUACAAAUGUUUGUUCGAGAUCCAUUAAAAUCAAUAAGAAAAUCAAAAAAUCCAAAUCAAUUUAUUCUUCAACCAUCAAAUGAAUGGGAACGUUUUAAUGAACUUUGUAAUGAAUUUCUUAGUUCAUUUGAAGCUCGUUUAAUUGAAGCAUUAACAUUAUGUGCUAAAAAUACAUUUGAAAUGAUUAAAAAUCGAGCUAAUCCAACAUUAAUUAAAAUAAAAUCUCGAUUAAAAAAACUUCGAUUAUAUUCUCUUGAUACAAAUGAUGCAAAUAUUGAUAGAAAAGAUAAUAUUAUAAAUCCAUUAAUAUUAACUAAUGUUGAAUUACAUUCUUCUAUUAUUAUAUUAAAUCCAAAUAUUGAUGAAAUUCAACAAUUAAUGCAUCAAUUAGUUAAUUAUGUUUUAAAUAUUUUUCAUGGUGUACGAAAAUGGGGUGAAGUACGACAUAUUGAUAGUAAACUUAUACAUAAUUAUCCUAUGCAUGAUUUUUCGGAUUUAUUACCAACAGAUGAAACUUUAGAAAUAAAUAAAAUGUCUGAUAAUGAAGAAGAAAAUUUAAAACAUAUUGAACAAGCCAAAACAUAUUACAAUACAAUAGCAAAUAAUAAAGAAUUAACUAAAUUAUAUCAAAAUAUUGGAACGUUUUUUAUAGAAAAUCAUAUUCGAUUCGAAAAAGAAUUAGAAGAAUAUUAUGAAUUUCGUGAUUUAUGGGAAAUGAAUAAAAUAAAUCAAGCAAAAAAAUUUAUAUUAGCCAAUCCAAGUUAUGCUUCUGUUCGAUCAAUAUUUGCUGAUUUUGAUGAUACACGAGAUUUAAUUAAACGAAUACCUGAAUCAAAAGAUAUUGAACCAUUUCGUUAUUUAACAAAUAAAUUAAAAUUAAAUUUAUUUGAUGAAAUUCGACAACUUGAAUUAAUAUUUGCAAAAUAUAUUCGAAUACAUUAUCGAAUGAAAUUUAUGAGUAUUAAUGAUUUUUUUAAAAAAACUGAACCACGUUUAAAUCGACAAUUAAGAGAUCUUGAUGAUGUACGAUUUGUUAUUAAUGCACUUGAUACAUUAAAAGAAAAUUUUGUAUUUGUUGAUCAUACUAUUGAACCAUUAGAAGAAGUUUAUAAUUUAUUCAAACGUUAUUCAAUUGAUAUUCCACAAGAAGAACAAAUGGCUAUUGAAAUGCUUCGUAGUACUAAUGAACGUCUACUUAAACGAGCUAAACAUGUUACACAUGAUCUUGUUAAUUCUCAACAAUCAUUUCUUGAUCGUUUUCUAAUUGAUAUAAAACAAUUUCAAAAUGAUAUUAUAGAUUUUGUUAAUGAUUAUGAUAAUAAUGGUCCAAUGAUUGAAGGUUUACCAGCACAAGAAGCAAGUGAUCGUUUAACACAUUUUGAAUCACGUUUUAAUGAUUUAUGGAAACGUUAUGAAACAUUUGUAGCUGGUGAAGAAUUAUUUGGUUUAAAUAAAACCGAAUAUAUUCAUUUACAAACAAUUAAAAAACAACUUAAUUAUCUUAAACGUCUUUAUGGUCUUUAUAAUGAUGUUAUAAAAACAAUGGAAAUAUAUUAUGAAACAAAUUGGAAAGAUUUUCAUAUUGAUCACAUUACAAAUGAAAUACAAGAAUUUCAAAAUAAAAUGAAAAAAUUACCAAAAGGUUUAAAAACAUGGCCAGCUUAUAGUGAAUUAAAGAAAAAAUUAGAUAAUUUUAAUGAAUGUUUACCGCUACUUGAAUUAUUAAUUAAUCCAGCUAUGCAGUCUCGUCAUUGGGAACGAAUAGAAAAAUUAGCUCAAAUUUCUAUACCACAUGAUGAUCCAUCUAUAUUUUCAUUAAAACAUGUUAUGAAUGUUCCAUUAAUAAAAUAUCGUGAAGAUAUUGAAGAUAUAUCAAUAACAGCACAAAAAGAACGUGAUAUUGAAUCAAAAUUAUUUUCAAUUGAAUAUGAAUGGCGUCAACGAGAAUUUAAAUUUACAUUAUUUAAAAAUCGUGGUGAACUUUUAUUACGUGGACAAGAAACAUCUGAAAUACUUUCAGCUAUUGAUGAUUCAAAUUUAAUUUUAGCUGCAUUAGCAUCAAAUCGUUAUAAUAUUUUUUUUAAAAAUCAAAUACAAAAAUAUAUUGCUGAUUUAGCAAUUUGUGCUGAAAUAUUAACAAAAUGGAUGCAAGUACAAAAUUUAUGGAUUUAUUUAGAAGCAGUAUUUGUUGGUGGUGAUAUUGGUAAACAAAUGCCACAAGAAGCACGUCGUUUUGCUAAUGUAGACAAAACAUGGAUUAAAUUGAUGUCAAAAGCAAAAGAAAAUUCCAAUGUAUUAUCAUGUUGUACAUCAGAUGAAACAUUAUUUCCAUUAUUAAAUAAUAUGCUUGAACAAUUAGAACUUUGUCAAAAAAGUCUUGCUGGUUAUUUAGAAACAAAACGUGGUGUAUUUCCAAGAUUUUAUUUUUUAUCUGAUCCAGUUAUGCUUGAAAUUCUUGGUCAAGCAUCAGAUCCAACAAAAAUUCAACCAUAUCUUAGUUCAUUUACUGAAGCUGUUAAAUUUGUUGAAUUUCAUGUUAAAGAAACUGAUCGUAUUUUAUCUAUGACAACACGAGAUGAUGAGAAAAUUCCAUUUUAUAAAGAUGUUAUAGCAAAAGGUCAAGUUGAAGAAUGGUUAAAUGAUUUUAUACGUACACAUCAAAAAACAAUUCAUCAAUAUAUUCGAUAUAGUAUAGAAAAAAUGACUUAUGAAGAUUUUGAUUUAUAUAAAUUUAUUGAACAAGAAAUAGCUCAAUUAGGUCUUUUAAUUGUUCAAAUUAUUUGGACAAAAGGAAGUGAAAAAGCAUUACAAGAAUCAAUAAUUAAUAAAAAUCUGAUGAAUGAAACAAAUAAAUAUUUUUUAGAUAUACUUAAUCAAUUUAUUGAUAAAACAACUUUCGAUCUAACAAAAUAUCAAAGAUUAAAAUAUGAAACAUUAAUAACUAUUCAUCUUCAUCAACGUGAUAUUUUUCAAGAACUUUAUACAACAGGAAUACGAUCAGAUUUAGAUUUUGAUUGGGCUAAACAAUGUAGAUUUUAUUUUCGUGAAGAUGAAGAUUUACUUCUUGUGAAAAUUACUGAUGUUACUUUUAUAUAUGAUAAUGAAGCAUUAGGAUGUCCUGAAAGACUUGUUAUUACACCUCUUACUGAUCGAUGUUAUAUCUCUAUUGCACAAGCAUUAGCUAUGUCAUAUGGAGCAAGUCCUGCUGGACCAGCUGGAACAGGCAAAACUGAAACAACAAAAGAUAUGGCUCGAACAUUAGGAAAAUAUUGUAUAGUACAAAAUUGUUCUGAUCAAUUUGAUUAUCGUGGUCUUGGUAAAACAUUUAAAGGUUUAGCAAUAAGCGGUUGUUGGGGAUGUUUUGAUGAAUUUAAUCGAAUAAAUUUACCUGUUCUAUCUGUCGCAGCACAACAAAUUCAAUGUUUAUUACAAGCAAAACGUGAAAGACGUAAAGAAUUUCUUUUUACUGAUGGUGAUAAAAUUAUAUUAAAUGAUACAUUUGCUAUAAUCAUAACUAUGAAUCCUGGUUAUGCUGGUCGACAAGAAUUACCAGAAAAUUUAAAAAUUAAUUUUCGUAGUAUUGCUAUGAUGGUACCUGAUCGACAAAUAAUAAUGCGAGUUAAAUUAGCUAGUGGUGGAUUUUUAGAUAAUACAAAUCUUGCACAAAAAUUUUUUACUCUUUAUAAAUGUUGUGAAGAUCAAUUGAGUAAACAAGUUCAUUAUGAUUAUGGUUUACGAAAUAUAACAGCUGUUCUUCGAACACUUGGAACAGUAAAACAAAAUCUUAAUUCUGUAUUAGAUGAUAAUAAAUUAUUAACAUUAGCAAAUGGUGAUCGUAUACCAAUGGCAUCAAAUGUUAAACUUAUAUUUGAAGUACAUAAUAUUGAUAAUGCAUCACCAGCAACUGUAUCACGUUGUGGAAUGAUAUUUAUGUCAUCAACUAUUCUUCCUUGGAGACCUAUAUUUCAAGCAUGGAUGAAUAAACAAAUAAAAAUAAUUGGAAUUUAUAUAUUUGAAAUACUUGAAAAACAUUUUGAUGAAUUAUUUAAAUUAUUAAUUACAAAAUGUUUACCAAAAAUGAAAGUUUAUGAAUGUAAUUAUAUCAAACAAAUCAUUGAUUUACUUGAUGGAUUAUUGAAUAAAGAAAUUGAAUAUACGAAAAGUUUUUUAGAACGAUUAACUAUAUUUGCACUUAUAUGGAGUAUGGGUUCACUAUUAGAAUUAAAUGAUCGCGUUAAAAUUGAACAAUAUUUUAUUCAUCAAAAUGAUAUUGAUAUUCCGAAGAAUAUUUCACAAGGUGAUUCAAUAUUUGAUUAUUUAGUUAAUGAUAAUGGUCAAUGGGAACAUUGGUCGAGUCGUGUUGAACCAUGGGAAUAUCCUAAAGAUGAAAAAAUUGAUUUUGCAUCAAUUCUUGUUCCUAAUAUUGAUAAUGUUCGUAUAACAUAUCUUAUUAAUAUAUUAUCUAAACAAGAGAAACCUGUAUUAUUAAUUGGUGAACCUGGUACAGCUAAAACUGUUAUAAUUACAAGUUAUUUAAAACAUUAUGAUAGUGAACAACAUUUAACACGUAUAAUAAAUUUUUCAUCAAUAACAACAAGUAGUUUUAUACAAAAAACAAUAGAAAAUUUUGUUGAUAAACGUGUAGCAAAUACAUUUGGUCCAUCAUAUGGACGUAAAAUGACAAUAUUUAUUGAUGAUAUUAAUAUGCCAAUGAUAAAUUCUUGGGGUGAUCAAGAAGCAAAUGAAAUUCUUCGACAACUUAUCGAACAAAAAGGUUUUUAUUCAUUAACUAAACCAGGUGAUUUUCUUAAUAUAAUUGAUUUACAAUUUCUUGCUGCUAUGUGUCAUCCUGGUGGUGGUCGUAAUGAUAUAUCUGAACGAUUAAAACGACAUUUUUUUAUUUUAAAUUGUACAUUACCAUCAAAUAAUACAAUUGAUCAUAUAUUUAAUUCAAUAGGAAAAUAUUUUUGUUUGGAAAGAAAUUUUUCAAAUGAUUUUAUUCAAAUUGUUCAAAAAUCAAUUUCAGCAACACGUACUCUAUGGCAAUCAGUUAAAGGAAAAUUUUUACCAACACCAGCAAAAUUUCAUUAUAUAUUUAAUUUAAGAGAUUUAUCACGUAUAUGGGAAGGUAUAUUACAAAUUGAUUCUGAACAAUGUCAAAAUAAUAUUGAACAAUAUAUUCAAUUAUGGAAACAUGAAUGUACAAGAGUAUUAGCUGAUCGAUUAAUUUUAAAUACAGAAAAAGAAUGGUUUAGAAAAGAACAAUAUAGAAUUGGUAAACAAACUUUUGGUGAUAUUUAUAAUAUUUCCAUACAAGAAGAUUCAGAAGUUUAUUUUGCUAAUUUUCUUCGUGAAGAACUCGAAGUAACUGAUGAAAUGGAUGAUGAUAUUGAUCUUGCUGAUUUAUUACCAAAAGUUUAUGAACCAAUAUCAUCAUGGGAUAUUUUACAAACAAAAUUAAUGACUAGUAUGACAAAAAUGAAUGAAGAAAUUCGUGGUAGUAAUAUGGAUUUAGUCUUUUUUAAAGAUGCUAUGAUUCAUUUAUUACGUAUUUCACGUGUAAUUAAUAUGCCAAAAGGACAUUUAUUAUUGAUUGGUGUUGGUGGUAGUGGAAAACAAUCUUUAACUAAAUUAGCAGCUUAUAUUGCAGGUUAUAAAUAUUUUCAAAUAAGUGUCUCAAGAACAUAUACAUUAAAUAAUUUUUUGGAUGAUUUACGAAAUAUAUAUCGACGUGCAACUCGUCUUGGUCAAGGCAUUGUAUUUAUAAUUACUGAUAAUGAUAUAAAAGAUGAUCAAUUUCUUGAAUAUUUAAAUAAUGUUCUUAGUUCUGGAGAAGUAUCUGGUUUAAUAACACGUGAAGAAAUGGAUGAAACUUUAUCAGAAUUAUCAGUUAAAAUGAAAAAAGAAUAUCCAAAACGAAUAUUAACAAAUGAAAAUUUACAAAAUUAUUAUUAUGAAAGACUUCGUAAAAAUCUUCAUAUUGUUUUAUGUUUUUCUCCUGAUAAUCGAAAAUUUCGUGAACGUGCAUUAAAAUUUCCAGCUUUAGUUUCUGGUUGUACUAUUGAUUGGUUUCAUCGUUGGCCACUUGAUGCUCUUAUUGCUGUAUCAAAUGUUUAUUUAAAUCGUUUUGAUAUUCUUGUUACAUCAAAUACAAUAAAAAAGAAUAUUAUUGAAUUAAUGGCCGAUAUUCAUGAUGAUGUUAGUCGAAUAUGUGAAAAUUAUUAUGAAAAAUUUCGACGACGAACAUAUGUAACACCGAAAUCAUUUCUAUCAUUUAUAAAUGCAUUUAAAUUAUAUUAUCAAAAACAACGUGAAUAUUUUGAAAAAGAAAAACAAAAAAUGAAAACUGGUGUUCAAAAAUUAUUUGAAGCAGCUGAACAAGUUCAAGAAAUUACACAAGAAUUAAUUUCAAAAGAAAAAUCUAUGGCUAUUGCUAAUAUGGAAGCAGCAAAACAAGUAGCCGAAAUGGAAGUAUUACGUAGUGCAGCUGAAAUCAAAACAAAAGAAGUUCAAGAAUCAAAAGAAACAGCUGAAAUACUUGUUAAACAAGUUAAUGAAGAAAAAGCAAUUGCUGAAGAAGAAUUAUCAGCCGCUGAAAUUAUUUUAAAAGAAGCUGAAGAAGCUGUUAAAGUAAGAAAAAAUUAUGCUUGA